UCAGGCAAAUCAGUUUAUCUGCUGACAGGGUCCGGAUAGAUAUGUGUUUUAUCAUCACUAGUUACAACGCGGAAAAGACAAUUCUAAUGAUGUCGUAUUAUCUUUUAGUUGUAGCGAAAGUUGGCUGUACGCAGGCGGGCGGAUGAGUUAGAACCGCCUGACAGACAAAACCAGGGCAAAUCAGCAUGCGACAUUCUUGGCUUCUUGUCGUCAUGGUUACGAGUACUUGUUGAAGAUUUAUCGGGCAGAGAAAACUUGUCCGAAGAGUGAUGACAAUGUGACACACGUCAUAAGUCUUAUUACUGAAUUAAAUACAGCAUUUGGCAGGAAUGUCUGACGCUCUGAAAAACGAAGAGAAAGUGGGAGUAGUUUUAGUUCAGGUUCAAGAUGAUCUGAAACAGCUGAAACGCAGUCUUGAGAAAAUCAGUGUGAGCGAGAGGGGCACAACGCUGGACCUUCAGGCCCUGGACAACGCCAUCCGCAGAACAGAGAGCUGCAUCAGGAAACAUGCAGAAGAUUAUCUGACAACACUGAACAGGCAGUUGUUGGUUCUUCCAUGCAUUGAAGAUGUUCGAAAAAGCACUCUCCAGAUUCCCAAAUGGAAACCUUCUCUAGAGACUAUUCCAGAUGUGUGCCCACAAAGGGAGCCCCUACCAGAACCUUCACCUGGGGAAAAGCACAAAUCCACAUUAGCCUUUCAUUGGCUAUGUAAUCCUGCUUAUCCAAAGAACAGAACCAUUAUCCACAAGACAUGUGGCAUAAUACUCCCUGAUGUCCACAAGAAGAGCACAAAUAAAAGAAUUCACAGAGUCUUCACUGGUUCGAUGGUGAGGGGUCAAACCAUUGAACCUAAAGGCAGCUGCAACCUGGCGAUACCUGAAGAAGAUGCUGGGAUGGCGUCAGAUAGAGGUUUGCUUCACAUGUCAGUCCAGCACAACACUGUUGUUCUUCACACCAGAGAGGAUCCACACACUCUGAAGACAGAUGUUAUCAGAUCAAAGUCCAGGCGUCCUAAGAAGCUGAAAUGGAAAACAGAAUCAAGAUCCACCCGUGACAACGAAUACUCCCCCCUCUGGAUGACCAUGACGCCGCCACCCUCCACAGCGUCCAAGAGCAUGGACCUUGGUGGCACGAUGCAGGACGACAAUGAUUUCCCUAAAAGCCCUCAGAAUCCGCCUGCAUUGUGUUCUCUGCGUGCCAACAAAUAUCCCUUCAUCAUCAUAAAUGGAAGAAUCAACCACAUGGCACCAGAUUUCUGUCACUUCAGGCAGAGCUUUAGUUUGUGCUGGAGCGUGGUGGUGGACCCUCUGGAGGCUCUGAAAAGGCUGCUCAGGAACUUCGCGGUGCCUCUUGCCAAAGUGAACGGGGAGCGGCUGCUGGAGUUCGGCCACGGCUGGGAUAAUGACUGGAGGAAGGAUCCUCCAGCAAACAGCCUCCUCUUGGUGCUUGAAAACUGGAAGGAGGUGCUGGAUCUGGUUUCACGCCCAGGUCAACGCUUCAAGGGAGAGGGAGGCACGGAGGCAGCUGCCAUCCACAUUCAGUCCUGCUGGAGGCGCCAUGUCGCCCGCACAGCCUACUCGAGCCACUGUCGGCGCAAGUGGGCGGCGGAGACCAUCUCCAUGUCAUGGUUGAGGCACGCUCGCAUGCGUCACGUCAGAAAAGCCCUGCAGGCACGGCGUUUUAGACAGCUAGAGAAUUACCGCAGCCGAGCCCAGCAUCUGGCAACCAACUGGAAACACAUCCAGUCCUCCAAGAGGACCAUUAUCCACAUCCCUUCAUUAGGAUUGUCUCAGAGACAGCGACUGAAUUUAAGAGGAUUUGACAUUUUGCAGAACAUCCAAAUAGGCAGACUGUGUGAUAUUAAAGAUGAAAACGUGGAGGUGAUCUAUGUUUGUUCCCAACAUCUGGAGGAGGACAUCUUGCAGUAUUACACUAGGCUCCUGAACGGGGUCUCACAUGAGUCUGAUACUGAAACUACGGAGGUUCCAGUCUCCAGGCGCUUUGUUGUCCUCACCCCAGAGGCUCUACAUUAUUUCCCUACCCAUAACAUGUGCCUGUCUACACUGCUGAAGUACAGUCCUUGUACGCUGACUCGCAUCAAGAAUCUCAUCCGGGGCAAACAGGCCUAUAUAGUGGGUGGAGUGACCCACGCUGAUGACCUGGCCGUGGCCGAUGAGCUGGGGGUGCCCGUCUUGGGUCCGGAACCGGGCAUUGCACGGCUCUACAGCACUAAGUCUGGAGGGAGAAGGAUGUUUACGUGGGCAGAGGUUGACGUGCCCCCUGGUCAAGGCGGGAUCUGCUCGCUGAACCAGCUUCAUGAAACACUGGCUGAGCUCAUGGCUCAGAACCUCGACGUGAGGCGCUGGCUCUUUAAGAUGGAUUCUGAGCGCGGUGCUCGUGGCACAGCGUUCUGUGAUACGUGCCAUCUUAACUGUCAUAGCUGGGCCCUUCAGGAAGCCCGUCGCUGUGGACCCGACUUAUGGAACACCAGAUGGGUUCAGGAGUCUGUGCUGCUCAGAUAUUUAGAUGAGAUCCCAGAGUGGCUGGCCUGCUAUGCCCGACCUGCUAAAACCUCCUGCUAUCCCAACUGGACCUGCUUCCUGAAGACCUUCCUCCGGCAAGGCGGCGUGGUGGAGGCCUACCCACCUUCAGACGGUGUCACCUGUCUGACAGUGGAUCUGCUGCUGGAGCCUGGGGGGGAGGUGACCAUGCUGUCCUGUGGAGACCAGCUCCGCGGCUCGUGUCAGCUGGAAACCGUUGGCUCCACUGUUCCUCAGACCUCUGUGCACCCAGAGACGCUGCGUUCCAUCUGCAUGCGCGUGGGCCGGGCUUGUGUGCAGCGCCUCAUUGUAGGAUAUGUCUCCUUGGACCUGGCUACCUUUGUGAACCACAUCACCAUGGAGCAGAAGGUGUGGGCCACUGAUCUGGACAUUACAUACAGUGAUCAGCUGGCCAUGACCCGGAUGCUGCUGACGGUGACCGGAGGAGCGCUGAAUUUCAGCUCGGGCUGUUUGGAAGUGCCAAAUCCAGCGAUGGAGAAACGCUGGGAACGCCACGAUGCUGCUGAACCUCCUGUUAUCAGCUGUUAUGCAGUGAUUGGGAUCCACUUGUUUCACACUAACCUUUCCAUGCUGUACCAUUAUGUGUUUCUGAAGAUGUGCAGGACUCAUGGAAUAGGAUUUAACAGAAAGAGGAAACAAGGCACUGUCUUCGCGUUUUAUGACUACAGCGACCGAUGCAGCCUUGGAAUGAUGACGGUCUCCGAGAAUCUCCAGGGAGCUUUAGUGACCUUUGCUCGGAAUCUGUCAGUCAUUCAUCAGGAGAUAUCAUCCUCUAGAACGCAAGGGGAAACCAAUUUCAAGGUGUUGAUCAAGAACAUAGAAGAUGUGCUGCAGGUGAUGGCUCGGAAUAAGCUACAGGCAGUGGAGAACUGCUGCUUAGACAGCUGCUGCACCAAUAAACUGUCUCGUGUUUGUUUGUGCCAACUUUAACAGUGACGCAUAAAGAGACAAAUACUGUCUUGUGCCUAGACAAUAGACAGCAUCACAACUGAUUUAUUUCUGUAACACCACUAUAUUAUAAAGCUAUUUUCUAACCCGGUAGUGGAAAAAGCACUAAAAUUAUUUGUGUCAGU